AUGGCCUCCGCACCGACGCCGCAGCCGUUGCUCCCGGUGACCAACCCCUCCUCCGGCAGCGGAGGCUCGGCCCCGUCCUCCGGCAGCGGCUUCUCCGACGCGGCGCUCGCCACGCCGGCCUUCCGCCUCUUCCUCAGCAGGGUGUCCGACACGGCGCGCCGCUCGCUCGAGGACCGCCGCCCCUGGGCGGAGCUGGUCGACCGCUCGGCCAUCUCGCGCCCGGACUCCCUCUCCGAGGCCACCUCGCGCCUGCGCCGCAACCUCGGCUACUUCCGCGUCAACUACGCCGCCGUGGUGGCCGUCUCCCUCGCGGCGUCGCUCCUGGCGCACCCCUUCUCCCUCCUCGUCCUCCUCGCCAUCCUCGGCGCCUGGUGCUUCCUCUACGUCUUCCGCGCCCCCGACCAGCCCGUCGUGCUCUUCGGCCGCACCUUCACCGACCGCGAGACGCUGCUCGGCCUCGUCGUCUCCUCCCUGCUCGCCUUCUUCCUCACCUCCGUCGCCUCGCUCAUCAUCUCCGGCCUGCUCGUCGGCGGCGCGCUCGUGGCGGUGCACGGCGCCUUCCGCAUGCCCGAGGACCUCUUCCUUGACGACUCCAGCAACGCCUCCGGUGGCAACACCACCAACAGGCUGCUCUCCUUCCUCGCGUCGCCCGGAUCUGGGGUUUGAGGCUGCGCAAGAUCUGGUUGAGAUUGCAGAUGCUAGAGGGCUAGGCACAACAUGUGAAUUAUGUAAAGCUAGACUCCUGCAGCUCUGAGAUAGUGGAUGUUAGAGUGCUGGGUACAACAGGUAAAUCAUUUUGGUUUGCUAUGUCCAACUAUGAAGGUGGUUUCAAGGUUCUUGCCUGUGUAAGCCACCCAUGGCGAGGC